AUGGCAGCAACUUUACGACCUUACCUUACGGCUGUGAAGCAUACACUAACAGCAGCUAUGUGCUUGCAGAAUUUUGAAUCGCAAGUUGUAGAAAGACAUAACAAACCCGAAGUUGAAGUAAAGUCCAGUAAAGAAUUAUUAUUAACUCCUGUUGUUAUCAGUAGGAAUGAAAAAGAAAAAGUUCUCAUUGAAGGUUCUAUCAACUCCUUGAGAAUAAGCAUAGCAGUUAAGCAGGCUGAUGAAAUUGAGAAAAUCUUGUGUCACAAGUUUAUGAGGUUUAUGAUGUUGAGAGCAGAAAAUUUUAUCAUUCUACGAAGGAAACCAGUGGAGGGUUAUGACAUCAGCUUCUUAAUUACCAAUUUCCACACAGAGCAAAUGUACAAACAUAAACUGGUGGACUUUAUCAUUCAAUUUAUGGAGGAAAUUGAUAAAGAAUGCAGAAGAGUUCUUGAAAUGUUUCUGAAGAAUUCACAGGUGUUCCCUGUCUGCACUGUCAAUACAGCCACCUAUAUUCCCAUCUGUUCACAGGGAAUACAGUUUCUCAUGUGUGUCUUGUAA